CACCACUUUUAGCUUUGGGACCCAACACCAGCCCUCUCUUCGGAGGCUGGGGACAGAGUUUGGGGCCCAGGCACUUGCGAGACGCGCAGAGGCAGCAGCAGAGGCGGCAGCGGCGGCCUCGGCAGCGGCACCAGGGGACCCGGCGAGCGGGGCAUGAACUUGGAGGGAGGCGGUGGCGGUAGCGGCGGCGGCGGCAGCAGUAGCGAGUGCGGGAUGAGUUCUGUGAGUUGCGGAAACGGCAAACUCCGCCAAUGGCUGAUUGACCAGAUUGACAGCGGCAAGUACCCUGGCCUCGUGUGGGAGAAUGAGGAGAAGAGCAUCUUCCGCAUCCCCUGGAAACACGCGGGCAAGCAAGACUACAACCGCGAGGAGGAUGCUGCCCUCUUCAAGGCUUGGGCACUCUUUAAAGGGAAGUUCAGGGAAGGUAUUGACAAACCAGACCCUCCAACCUGGAAGACAAGGUUGCGCUGUGCUCUCAACAAGAGUAAUGACUUUGAAGAGUUGGUUGACAGAAGCCAGUUGGAUAUUUCAGAUCCCUACAAAGUUUACAGAAUUGUUCCUGAAGGGGCCAAAAAAGGAGCUAAACAAUUAGGCUUGGAGGAUCCCCAGAUAAUUAUGAACCACUCUUUCGCAAUGCCUGCUCCCUACCCAUCACUACAAACUCAGGUUCCAAACUAUAUGAUGCCCCAUGAUCGUAAUUGGAGAGAUUUUGUUCCAGAGCAGCCUCACCCAGAAAUCCCCUAUCAAUGUGCAACUGUCCCUUUUGGACCUCGAAGUCACCAUUGGCAGGGUCCUACUUGUGAGAAUGGUUGCCAGGUGACAGGCACCUUUUAUGCUUGUGCACCACCUGAGUCACAGACUCCUGGAAUACCCAUCGAGCCAAGCAUAAGGUCUGCUGAAGCCCUGGCCCUCUCAGAUUGCCGGCUGCACAUCUGUUUGUAUUAUCGUGAAAUACUGGUGAAGGAGAUAACCACCUCGAGCCCUGAAGGCUGUAGGAUAUCUCAUGGCCAGAGCUAUGAUGCCAGUACACUUGAUCAAGUUCUCUUCCCCUAUCCAGAGGAUAACGUCCAGAGGAAAAACAUAGAAAAAUUGUUGAGCCAUUUGGAAAGGGGAGUCAUUCUCUGGAUGGCACCUGAUGGGCUGUAUGCUAAGAGACUUUGUCAAAGCAGGAUCUAUUGGGAUGGACCUUUGGCAUUAUGCAGUGACCGUCCUAAUAAGCUGGAAAGGGAUCAGACCUGCAAACUUUUUGACACGCAACAGUUUUUAUCAGAGUUACAAGCAUUUGCUCAUCAUGGUCGCCCUCUACCAAGAUUCCAGGUAGUUUUGUGCUUUGGAGAAGAAUUUCCAGACCCCCAGAGGCAAAGGAAACUUAUUACAGCCCAAGUUGAGCCAUUACUAGCCAAACAGCUCUUCUACUUUGCUCAGCAAAAUAGUGGACAUUUUCUGAGAGGCUUUGAUUUACAAGAACAUAUUACCCGGCCAGAGGAUUACCAUCGACCAAUUCGACAUUCCUCCAUCCAAGAAUGAAAACGCUGGAAGCAAGUUUUUAAAAAUGGCAUCACAGUAAAUGACUUAAGAAGAAUAGGUGUGAAACUUUUUUUUUUCCUUUCUUUUCUUGCGCAAGACAGUAUUGGGGCAAUAAUUCAGGAGAAAACUCAACUGGAUUAUGUACAAGUGAUAAGAUAUGUUAGAACGAAAAAUGGACUCAUCCCAAAAGGACUCAUAGCAGUGAAAGGUCUUCUGGGUUGUCCAUUGAGUUAUUCUGGUCUCACAAGGAUUCUGCUGUCAUUGGGAGUAACUGUGAAAACCGACCAAAUAGUAUGUUUACAUUUACUUAAAUGUUAUCUUUGAUUUGAUAAUAGCUAUUUCUUACUGAAGAUGGAAAAUACUGCCUUUUCAGGAUUGAAAUUUGACUAGGAUGAUAUGACUUGAGCUAGGGCAGCUAAGUGGUACAGUGGAUGGAGCAUUGGACCUGGAAUCAGGAGGACCUGAGUUUAAAUCCGGCUUC